GUCAAUGAGAUUUUGGGAAGGUCAUGGAGGAGGUAUCUUGGGAUGCAGGCUAUUUGCCAUUGUAGUUUUUCAUUUGAAUUUCAAACUUUAAACUCCUGAACAUCGACGAGAACUGGGCGUGGCACAAGGAAACAAUUAGAAAACUAUAUUUGUUGAGAAAAUCAAACUCCGUGAGCCACUUACUGCCAAGGUGUAGUUCCACGUAUAGCCCACAGUACCUAAGCCUGGCGUAGCACCAACAUGUAGAACGGAAGGCCUUCUUGAGAUUGCUCCGACGAUGGAUAAAUCCAAAACCAAGAUCCGGCGACCCAAGACUGCCGGUAUCGCCAGAUCCCCACCGGCAUCAUCGAUGCCCGCACCACACCAGCCUUCCUCCCACCAGGUUCAUGGAUACCGUAAGACGAAGCGAUUGGCCUGCAAAGAGAGACCUCCAGUGCCCGCUUGGAUGCUGGACACGCCCUUGUACAGCAAGAUGCCAAUGGUGCCCGCACCGGCUGGCAAGAUUAUGCUGUAUACUACUGGUUUGUGUGAGAAGCUUCAUGUGACUCCGAAAGGUUUUGACUUUGACUCCAGCCCCCAGGGUAUGAGCAUGAAUUACAAGAGUCUCCAUGACCCAAACCUCAAGGGCUACUACACCUCCCCGAGGAUGUAUGCCCACCUGAUGAGGAGUGGCUACCUCACUCCCUGCGGGAUGGUGAAAUGUGGUUUGAAAGAGUUUAAUGACUAUCAUCAGUACGUGAAGCAAGUCCAACUGGAAGAACUGACACAGCAAAGAAAACGCAUGAUGGAAAAGUAUUUAAACCGCAAAAAGCUCACCAAAGAUCACAAACCUGCUCGCAAUGAACGAUCGGUGCAUAUUCAGCAGGAACCGGCCACAUCAUCAAAGCAUCACAAGAGAUCGUCUGCGACAAUAUCUCAUUCAAAAUCAUCUGCAGGACAGGUACGGAGGGGAGGAGUUUCUAAGACGCUGGCGAAAAAAGGUAGCAUUGCCAAGACAAAGAGGCCCGUCGGCAGUGUGAUGCAGGCUCAUUAUGAGAAGAGGCAAAAGCGAAAGAAGACGAAAAGAAGAGGAGAGAUGAAGACAUACGAGAGGCAGUCACUUCUGCUGAGCAAGCGAUUCGAUGAGGAGAUGAGACGGGAACAAGAGCUGGAGAGAAGGAAGCUGGUCAAGAUGGCUGAGCGUGAGUUGAAGCUCCAGGAACAGUGGGACAGGAGGGAAGCCAACCGAGAGGCGCGGUUGACCAUGGAGGCUAUCCAAUGCAAGAGGGAAGAGGCCAGGGCAUCAAAGGUCAAGAUCAUGAGGUCACAGAUGGUCAAAGCGCACCAAGCCAGGCAGCAAGCGAUUUUUGAAAGCAUCCGGGACGCAAGGGCAAGACUUGUGGCCCAGAGGGAAGCAAUAAUCGCAAGACGGCUUGAGAAGAGGCUAGAGAGGAUAAAGCGAAAAUACAACCAGCGCCAGAGAAGGCAAUGGGCUGUCUUCAAGCAUCUUAUCGCAGAAAAAGGCAGUGGCUACUCGAGUGGUGCAGAGCUGGGAAUGCACACCGAAGAAGAAAUGUAUGGUUCUGAGGCUAUUACUUCAUCACCUGAGCGGAGGAGGAAACAUCCAUCAUCUGAGUCUCUCGAAGUGAAGCUCUUGGAAAAUGCUUUCCCUUCCUCAAGCGAUGACAGUGUUGUCUUUGCUUCUUCAAAGCAAGGGAAACCUGAGGUCUGCAUUACAGACAAGGUCCUGUCUGUCACAUCACUAGACUACAGGCAGUCACCCGUGCCCACAAAACUGUCCACAGAGGAACUGCAGGGCAUUUCCAAGAUGCGAGAUGUUUAUCUGGCAGACGGUAGUAGCGGUGAGGAGGAUAGCAAGCUCCAAGGGGCAGAUGCAGUGUCUCCAGGCGUUCUUGCUGUUUCCAGUGACACAGGUGUGGCACUUGAGGUGAGGGAGGUGCUGGGGAGUGUCUCUAGAGAAGCAGAUCUAGCUGCCUUGUCUGAGAAUGAAGACUCGUCUGCUCCAUCAUCUGGGAGUAGUUCAUGCACAUCUGUCAGAGAUGAAUCAUUUGAGGGUGAUGCAGAAUCGGUUAGUAGCAGAAACCACCUUGGGAAAGGUGACAAUAAAGAGGAUUCAGAGGAUGAAGCAUCAGAGACAGAGUCGGAAGGUCCACCAACCUCAGCAAAAUUACAGGAUACUUCAUCAGAAGAGUCAGACUUCUGGAAGAGUGAAUCUGAGGUGAGUUUAUGUGAAGGAAGCUUAUCGUCAUUUGCAGAGGAGGAGAAAAAAGUUGAAGACUCAAAAGAUGACCUACUAGGGGGAGAGGACUUAAUUAAAGAAAAGGCAGAUACAGGAGAAGUUAAAGAUGAUAAUGGUAAAAAGGAAAUAAAAAUGCUGGCGUCAACAGAGAAAGUUGAUGGGGAUAGUGUUGAGAAAAAAGAAAUCAAAAGCAGAAAUUUAUCAAAUGAAAAAGAGAAAUUGAGAGAAGAGAAAGUUGACAAGGAAAUUGAGGAGAAAGUUCAAGAGCUGGAUGGUACUCCUCUUGAAGAAAAUCUUGGGAAAGAGAGGGACAGCAAACUUAUGUUGAAAGAAGCACAAGAAGUUGACGAAGACAAACUGCAGGAAGCUCCUAAAGGAAUCUCGAGAAGCACCAUUAAAGUUGAAGAUCAAUGUGAGGAAGAGCAUGAAAUUAUUGAUGAGAUCGAGCAGAAAAUAAAAGAAGACAUGGAAACGGAAGUAGAAGUUGAGGAGGAAACAUUGGAAACAGAAAGAGAGGAUGAUUUGGGAGAAGAGGAAGUUAAAGACGAUACUAAGCAUGAAGAAAAGGUGGAUACAGGGAAAGAAAUUCAGAACAAAACAAUGGAGGGAUCUAAGGUAGGAAAGGUGGAGGAAAAGGAAGAAGUGAAGGAGGAGCAAGAAGUGGUAUCGAAGGAAGAGAUAACCAAAGUAAUCAAAGAGGAAAUUAAAGAAACAAUAAAAGACGCGGAGGAACGUGGAGAGGUAAAGACAAAAGAAAAGGAAAGAGGGGAGACUGAAGCAAGGGUAACAGAGGAGGAAAAGCAAUUUAUCAAACAAGCAAGUGAUGCUGUGGCAACUGUCGUGGAGCAGUCCUUCUCUCAGCUUGGUAUAGUCUCUGCAACUGACCAAAAGGGUGUGAUGGAAGGUAGACAGCAAGAGGUUAGCCAAGAAAAUGGGAGUGAAGCGGGUUAUGAAGAAGAGACUGCAAUGCUGGACAGUGACAGCGUUUUGCUCACCAGUGUUUUGAACAUUCUUGAGAAGGUUGGGCAAGAGAUUCAUCAUCACCACCAUCAUGAAGGUCAUCAACACAAGCAUCAUCGCCAUGACCAUUAUAUACAUCCUCAAAAAAAAGAUGAGCAACAUCACAGCAAAGAUGAGGAUCAAGACAGAGAAUCUAGCGAAGUUCUGACAGCGAGUGGAAGUGAGUGUGAGAGUUCCAGCAGCACUGAAAGUGAUGAAGGGGAGGAAGGUGACAUUAUAGGAGUGGUUGAAAAUGAGAUCAUUGCUGUUGAGGGAAGCGUCACCUCCCUGAAAGGGUGUCUGAGCGGCGAGUCUGUUACGGGACUGACGGAAGUUGUUAAAGAAACAGAGGACCACAAACUCAUCUUUGAAGGAGCCCUGGUGCCCCUUAAACAUCACUCCUCAACUUCAACAGCCUCUUCCAAGGUCUCCAUCAAUGUCACUGCAGCUGUGUUAUCUUCAGGUUCCCUCAAAAUGGACAGUUCUGGAAGGCUUAAACAUGACAUGGCUUCCCACAGUCAAACGAAACCAGAACUUAAGGUCUCUACGACGGACAUCUCAUCGGGCACUGCUCAUCCAGUGGAGCCUGACAAGGUGGUCAUGGACGAAAGCAGCCAUCAUCACUACAGCAACAUCAUUCCUGUCUACCAUGACAACCUCAUCAACAUCGGAGAGGAGUUGAUAGAUGCCAAUCUCUCGGCCAUCUCCAUUAAACCUGAUCACCAUCACAAAGCACCGUCCGCUUAUUCUACUGGAAGUCGAAACUCCUUUCGCAACAUCUUUCGUCCAGACAUGACCUAUUGCCAGGGCUCCGCCAAAUGUCUUAAGGACACACUGGUGCAGGAGCUGUCCCACUCAAGACACUCCAAACACUCCAAGCAUUCUUCAGCAGAGAUGGGCAAGUACUAUGGCAUCUUGGAGGUAGAUCAAGAGGACAUCACUGCUCACCAUUCUGAAGAGGAAUUAGUGACGGCUGAUGACGCUGAAGGAGUGUGUUACCUUCCAAAACUAAGAAAAAAUAAGGUUAGUCGUCAAAUUGAACCAACUGUUCCUGAGCAAGAUGAAGACCUUCUUGCUGAAACUCAAAUUGCUGGCAUUCCCAAGCCAGGGAAGGAGGAUGAGUGCCCAGUCUCAAAGGAUUCAAAUGAGAUGAAUCCUAUGACAACAGAGAUGGAUGUCGGAGAAGAUACCACCCUUGACAGUGUUGGAACUGACAACGAACAAGUGGCUUUGGAAAGUCAUGAUGAUGAACACACUGCUAGCGCUUACUCACCAAAUGAAGUGCUUGUGAAUGCAACUCAGGAUGGUGAAAAUGCAAAUGCAAGUUGUGAUGAUAGCUAUGCUAUGGUCGAAAGUGCCCUGUUAAAAAAAUCCACGUCAGAGGUUAAUACUCAGUUGGGCCAAAGAGAUUCAGACUUAUCCACAGCUUAUGGACACGAAAAGGUUGAAACAAAGUCCGGCAAAGCCAAGGCUGUUUCUCACCAGGACAGUGCCAGUAAAUGUGAUUUGCACAAAGCUCAAGCUGGCAUUCCCGCGGAGGGCAACAAAGAAGUUGGACCUCCAACAGCAGUGCAAACUGCUAAUAUGCGGGAGAGUACUACCCCAACUUCUCAGGCUCACGUGGAAGUUCACCGUGGGUUGUGUGAAGUUGAUGUUGCUGGAGUGGCAUUGAAAGAAAGUCCUGAGAGUCAAGAAAAUGGUAUUGAAGAUGAGAAACAAGAACAUGAGAUCAAUCCAAAUAACACUUGCCAAAGUACGACUCGUCACACUGAUGCAUCUCAGAGUGGAAAAUUCUUAGAUGCUUAUCAUCCACUUGGGAAUCCAGUGCAGGGAACUCAAUCAAAGGGUCCAACAAAAUUCCUCACGGAAGUUGGCAAUCUUAAAGCAAUGGAAAUCACAGCAGACACAAGGAACAGUAGUGCAUCCAUUUCUGAGGCUCACACGCAAGAUCAGGGUGGGUUAACGAGCAGGUCUUUUAAAUUCAACACUGGGGAAGGGGCUGAUGAACAGACAACAGGAGGAAGUUCUGACAGAGGAGAUAACACUGGAAACAAGGAACAGAAACUGGAAGCUGACCUAGAUGACACGUGCCAAAGUGGGACACGUCAAAUGGAUAUACCUCAAAAUACAGACUGCCUCAGUGACAACCAUACAGUUGGUAACCCAGUAUGUGAGAACUAUCAAAAUGAAAUUGAUGAACAUGAAACUCCACCUCACAUUCAAAACGAGGGGACACCAAAUACAGUUCAUCCAAAUAAUAGGCAUGCUGAGAUCUGUCUCCACGACCAUGUCCACAAUGGCCUAGUCAGUGUGGAAGACUACACAAUUGAUCAAAGUACUCAGGAGUUGCUGAUGAGUAAAGGUGAUGCUUCGCCAGAAAUGCAGAUUGAGCCGAUGAGGUCAAGCUACACCCCAUCUGCCACAUCCCUCUCAAGUUCCAUAAUGCUGCCAAUAAGCUGUGGGGAGACUCCCCAGAGUGCAUCCUCCAUCUUCAGUGACUUUGAUGCCCUGAACUAUCCAAUUGACCGAUGCCCGAGGCCUCUUCCAAACACUGUCUCAGAUCCAGCAAUGGAUUCAAGCUAUGCAUCUGCCCUGCAGUCUUCAAAGGAGGAUGGGUGUACCCGCCCUGAUACCAAUGAUGAAAUGUUUGAUGAGCAAAGCUCCAUGCUGCAUCAAGCUGAAAACCAACAACAGUUGGAUCCAGCAUCUUCCCUAGGAAGUGCAUCCAAUAUACCCAGUGUUGACUCAGGACAUGCCAUUUCAACAUCAAAGUCUAAUUCCAGCAGUAAGUCGGGGAGUAGGAUCUCAGCUGUCGUCAAGAAGAUCAGCAGCACCUUCUCUAUAGGACGCAAACACUCCAAUCAGGUGCAUCCAGCAGAUGAGAUGGAAGAUGACACGAAGAUGAAAGCUAAGGAUGAGGACGCCUAAAGGAAUCCUUGGCAGUAUUCAUCAAAACGACAAAGCCAGUGUUUUUUUUUUGGCUGCAUGUACAUUUCUGUUUCUAAAUAUGAAUUUACAGAAGGUUCCUGGGUCCAAAAUAUUAGUUAAUCCAGCUUUAUACAAAAGGAAAAGGCUUUUGCACCAGAAUCUGCACCCAUUAGUGGCUGGGGGGAGCAAAAAGGGGCCUGGCCCCCAAAGAUGCAAUUUGUUUUUUAGGGUCCAUUUUGGGGAUAAGAUGUCCAGAGUGUUUGCCAAUCAUUAACAAACAUAUUACACCAAUAAUACAUGAGUACAGCGAACAGUGAGUUCUACUCUAAUGGGCAUCGUUUACACUGUAAGAUAAACUGAGCAAUAAACCAAGAAUACACAACAAUGUCUUGAAAAUUCAACCACUUAUAAUUAGAAUAUUUAAUAGACCGUAAUGCACAAUCAUAUUUGAAGGUAUAAUUAAACUACAACAUGGAAGUCUCAUGUAUUUUCUUUCCAA